GCGCCAAACAUGUGUGUGAGACUACUGGUUGUAGCUGUACUCACGGUCUGUCUCUCAUCUCAUACUCAGUGUAACGCUCAGAGUCAAGACUACCAUGAGGAGGACAGUGAGGGUGAGAGUGAGAGGGAGAGAGAGAUAGCUCAGCCUGUAGGAGUGACAGAGACAGAGAUACAACAAGAAAGACUAAGGCUGGCUGCAUUGGAAGCUGAGCUCAGAGAAGAGCUGAAACUGGCUCGGAAUGGAGGAGGAUAUACUGAGCAGGAUGGUCCAGGAGCUAUCCCGGGUCUGGCUGGACAGGACUAUCCAGCUUUUACCACAGUCCCCCGAACAUCCUUCACCUGUGUGGGGAAACUGGUACCAGGAUACUAUGCUGACAUCCAGGCACGCUGUCAGGUUUUCCACAUAUGUGACGCAAGCGGGGCAAAGCACUCAUUUCUGUGUCCGCGGGGAAGUCUGUUCAACCAGAAGUACCUCGUCUGCGACUGGUGGUACACCUCCGAGUGUGGAUCAGCUGAUGGCCUGUUGUACCAACACGACUUCAACAGAAUAGACAGCGGCAAAGACACACAACAGGAGUACAUACACCAAACAGAUGUUCAAGAACAUAACCAAUACUUCCCCAAUGAAGACAACUAUAUUCUGGUAGAGCCUGAUAUUUUUCAGAGUGCUGAAACUGGAGUUCCGAAUCGAGAAAAGUAUGAAAGUUCUAGAGAUAAAAAUGAAACUACACCAAGUGAGAGUAAAAGAGUUUUGGAUGGAAAUGCAGGAAAUAACACAAGAAAAAUUGAAAAUACAAAGUUAAACCAGAGGAACAAACCUCAAGAAAAUGUAAACACAGAUUAUUUUUAAGAUUAGAUAAACACUAUAUGAACAAAUACAUUGCUUACGGUUGUUACUCAAAAAGUAAUUUUUAUUUUGAUAUAAUUUUCACCGAAUAGCCUUUAAUUAAUGACAUUAUUUCUUGAUGCAUCUUCUUCUUUAACAUUUACUCUAUGCGCAUGAAAAAUCUAGAUUUAAUUGUUUUGUGGUGUGAUGGGAGAAGAGGUGUGCUGUAAUAAACCAUAAUUUAGCAUCUACUAUGUCCACAUGCGAAAUACCAAAAUUUUGCAAUAAUAGUCGGAAAUUUCACUUAGCUUUUUGGUAAUUAUUGGUGAAACAAUUCUAUUAUUUUUGUCACCUAUAACUUCCUCCCCAAGUAUGUUUCAGCCAGGCGCUAGGAGGACAUGGAUAAGUGUUAUUUCCUUCAAUCGUUCUAAUAUUUCAGAUAAAGUUACAAACAUAAUAUGGUAUCAUCAGCUAUCUCUGUUAACAAAUAUUAUUUUUUCAAGCUCGCUUUUUGACAAAAUUAGCGCUAUUUUACUCACUUUUUUUAAUAGUUCUGAUAACGUUACUAAAAUAGUAGGGUGGAUUCUCAGUAACCGAUUAAUCAAAAUAUUAUUAAUUUAUGAUGCUGCCUGUAAAUGGAAAUACCUGACCUGUGGAAUAGUUAUUUUAUUCGCUUUUUCUUGUUGUAUUUCAAUGUGAUAAACAAUUUUAUUAUAACUAUGCGAAUUCCUUACCACUCUAAUGCAAUAGGGAACUUCAGCAAUAAAACAUGGAUAAGUGUUAGCAAAAGACCUCAUUUCUGAAUUAUCAUACUUAAAUCCAAAAUCCUUAUAUCUUCAUGUUAAUUGUAUCGUAGGAACCAUGAUAAGUAUGC